CCACCUUAGCCGGGGCCAUGUCUUCCGUCAGCUCCUCGUCCACCUUUCGCUCCGAGCGCGUCAGCACCUACAGCCCGGCGGAGACCCGGUUCGAACCCCUGCUGGACCCUCCACAUGGGAUCUUCGGCCCAGGGCGGGCACGGGAGUCUUAUGGAUACUCAGGCUCACCUUCAACUGGCCAUCCCUCCACUCUGGGGAGCAGCAACGUGGUGGCCAGCGGGGACAAAUACCAGGUCCUGGCCGACGUCAGCCAGUUUGAGCCCCACGACAUCAUGGUGACCACCUACAACUACUGCAUCGUCAUCCAGGCGGAGAAGGUGGCAGAAGAUGGCACCGUCUCCAACACCUUCACCCAUAAGUGCCAACUCCCCCCGGAUAUGGACCCCCUCUCUAUAAGCUGUGCCUUGAAUGAAUCGGGCAUGUUGGUCAUCACCGCCAAACGGCGAGCCCUGACUCCGCCCCCUGUCUACCGCAGCGAAGUCAAGCUCUAA